GGAACAGGAAGUUUGAACUGUAGGUUAUUGCAACUUGUUGGAGGAAAAAGUAGAAAAACUUAAAUGCGGAAGUUUGUAAGACGUUUUUCCAACAACGAAGAAACGAAGAAACGGGAGAAUAAACUGGACGGUGAAAAGAUCCAUCAUGGCGUCUGAAGUCUACUCCCCCACCACAGCCCCCAACCCUAAAUCCUCCUGGUGCCUGGUUCCCUCAAAGCAUCUGGACAAAACCCGCUUUGUGGUCAAGCUGAUGGAAGUGCUCUUGUCCUUUGUGGCCUUCGUCCUGGAGGAAGUGGUCAGCAGCUGCGUGGGCUGCUUUGCUCUUUAUUUCUUCGAGUUUGUCAGCUGCACGGCUUUCCUCUUCACGCUGCUGCUCCUCGUCGUCCUCUCCACACCGUUCCACAACCAAGUGGGCAUCACCUGCUGGCCGUCUGUGGACUUCUGCUACACAGCUGCCAUCUCCCUUCUCCUUUUUGUCUCUUCUGUUAUCUUCUCAGCUGACAACAGCAACUCAGACCUGGAGAAAAGUGCUGUGGCAUUUGGUUUUAUGGCGUUGGUGGCGUUCCUGGUGGACCUCAUCCUCUUUUAUAAGACCAAGGGUUUUCCCUUUCAGAAAGGUGGGAAGGCACAGUCCAGUAACGGGGUUGGGGCCGAGGUACCUGACACUUUGCCAGAGACAGAACGACUCAAUGAUGUCACACAAUAGAGUUUGUUUUUUUUUUUAAACUAAAUGAAGAAAUUCUAGGUCACAGGUCACAAUGUUUUUAUGCCCUGUAUCCAUUAAUAUAGCAUCAGGAGCUGGAGCUCCAGUGUCAGCAUUUUUUACUUUUACCAGUUGACUCAAGUAAAACAAAAAUAAUAGUAUAAAAAUAGAAACGGAUAGACAUUUUAAAACAUGUUCCUCAGAAAUACACUAGAAAUAAAACAGGAAGAAAAAAACUUUCAUAAAAGAAUAACAAAGCUAUCCUUAUCUUAAAUGAAAUUAAAAAUCCGUUUCAUGAAUCAGUUGCACAUUACUGCAGAUCAGUUGGUAAAAUCAUUACUAUGACGGUGAAAUGAAGGUGAUGAUUUAUAAAUCAGUGAUUUUUUUUGGCAAAAAAAAAAAUACAAUCAGCACCUUUAAACCCCUCAUUGAUUUUUAAUCUCUUUUGAAAUGUAAUUGUUCCUGUGUAUAGUUCCUUUUUUUUCACCUUUCCUCAUGGCUUUUUUAAAAAAAAAUCUGAUAAGAUUUUGUGGCUGGACUUAGUUUCAGGAAAGGUCAAGAUAUAGAGAAAGAAGGAUGUAAAAUAGUUGAGAAGUUACAGUAUAAGAUAAUGUACACGUGCGAAACAAAUAUUUUCUUUGGGAAGAAACACUGUUAUGGUUCAAUGAUCAGCGGUUGAAAAUACCGACUCAUGAAAAGAUUAACUUUUAAUGGUGUGGACUGCAAAUCAAUCAGCCUUUAUCCUUGACUUCCUCAUUGACAGGUCAAAAAAAGCAUCUUCAUCUCUCAAUUCAAUCCUGUGUUUUAUCAGCCAUGCUUGUAUGAACUAAUCUCAAAUUGUACAUUUAUAAUUUACUAAUCCAUGUAUUUCAGACAAUCUGGAAAUUCAGAUUUUAUUUGAGCACCAUUUAUGUUCAGGACCAAGUGUAGUCUUUGAAGUUAGUGUUUUAUGUACAUUUGUGUAUGUGUAUCGAGUAUUUAUCUGCAGGAAGAUUCUGUGAGAAUGUUUAAUAAAGGCUGCUGUACUAUU